GCAUCCCACAAAUGACAAAGCCUUCCUUCAACAUUUAGCACAAGCAAAAGGAAGCUGCAGCUGCAAAUCAUGAGUUCAACGUCUCCUUCCAAGAAGCCGGACGUAAAUCUUUCCCUAACGUUAACGACGUCUCCGGCCAGGCCGCCGUGCCACGUCGUUGAAGCCUUAAAGCCUGAAGAAAGAGGCAUACGCCUCAUUCAACUCCUCUUGACAUGCGCUAACCACACCUCAUCCGGCAACCUCCACCAUGCCGACGCAUGUCUCCGCCAGAUAUCGCCGCUCGCCUCGGUUUCCGGCGAUCCCCUGCAGCGGCUGGCGGCCCGGCUCGCUCACGCCUUAGCAACCCGGCUCGUCAAACGCUGGCCGGGCCUUUACAAGGCCCUAAACCAUUCUCAACCGUCUAAGCCGGAAGUAGCAGUGGACCGAGCAUUUCCUUGCCUGGGUUUUGCCUAUGCUAUCAUAGCCCGGACCUUGGCCCACGCCAUGUCGGAGGAGCGGGUAAUCCACAUUGUAGAUUUGGGCUCCGGGGAUCCGAACUUAUGGGCCUCAGUUAUGCAAAGCUUCGUGGGUAUGGGCCAUGGCCCGUCCCGCCCACCCCACUUAAGGAUCACAUGCGUAAACAGCAACAAAAUUAUUCUAGAGAAGAUGGGUACAAGGCUUGUGAAAGAGGCAGUAGGCCUAGACAUGGCCUUCCAAUUCAACCCUCUGAAUGUUCCUCUCAGAGAGCUGACCGCCGACAUGCUUAAGGUAAGGUCAGGAGAAGCAUUGGGUUUUGUUUCAAUUCUUUGUCUUCAUGUCCUGUUGGCCGAGGACGAUCGAGUGGAAGCAAAUUUUGGGUUUGGUGGCAGCGAAGGCAAUGGCGUCAAGGAUUGUAAGCAAAUGGGGGAAUUUUUGGGAAUGGUAAAGUCAAUGUCCCCAAAAGUGUUUUUCUUGGUGGAGCAAGAAGCCGACCAUAAUUUAAACCGGUUGGAGGACCGGUUUGUUGAGGGGCUGCACUACUAUAGUGCCAUGUUUGAUUCAUUGGAGGGGAAUUAUGGGUGUGAGGAGAGAGUUGGAAUGGAGGAAAUGUUUGGGAGAGAAAUUGAAGAUAUUGUGGCGUGUGAGGGCUUGGAAAGGGAGGAGAGGCACGAGAGGUAUGGGAAGUGGAUGGUUCGGUUUGGUGGUGCCGGGUUCAAGCCGGAACGGUUGUGGUGUGAUGGGAAGCAAAUGGUGGAGGAGGCCAAUGGGAAGGAUGGAUAUAAAAUUGUGAAUGAGAAGGCUGGCUUGAUGAUUUGUUGGCAUGAACGGCCUCUGUAUGCCGUGUCAGCAUGGAUUUGUUAGCUAUUUCUUCUCAUUAAUUACAUUAUGUGUUUUUUUAAUUGUUUUAACCUUGCGAAUUAUCAAUGGAAGUAGAAUCAUAUUUGCACAAUUGAAGUGCC